AUGACUCUAAUCCAGAACCGAAUUUGUCAAAUAUCUCUUGCACUGAGUACAAACAAUCCAGAAAAGGUCAAUUUUGUAUUUCCGGCACACGCAGAGAAAACCACCCGACAACAAGAGCGAGAAGUGAACAUCAAGAGUCUUGAAGAGCCUUGUCCUCGACUAGGCUGGCCACAUGAUGCUCAUCUCCAGAGUUGUCCGCAUCCGAUGCGAAUGAAUGCGCAACACACCGACGAGUUGAGGGAACUACACAAAGCGCUUGUGCUUGCCAUUAACAAUAUUAUUGAAAGAUGGUGGAAGGACAAAGAUGCGGAGUUUUCGAGAAGAAUGCCGUUAGAAGUAAGUAAUUCAAGGGCAAGAAUCCAGAGACAGAGUAUAAAGUAUAAAGCUCACCGAUUGCAGUGGAUCGAUGGUAAUGAUACAGACUCUCGUCCAUUUGAUAAACAAGGUUCCUGGAGACCGGAUUUUCUAAUUGAAGAAGUGCCUACGACUGGUGGACCUGAAUCAUCCAAAGAGCAGUUUCGUAUUUGCGAAAUUAAUGCAAGAUUUGCUUUCAAUGGAUUUUUGAUUACUGCGUACGGCCAACAAGGUCUACUGGAUCUGGGGGCUGAACGGAAAGGGUUCAAGGGGACAGCGGAGAGUGACGAUGUGAGAAAUCACCUUUCUACUACAGACUCCUUAAUUUAUUACAUGUGUGGGGUUAUAGAUGGGCUGUUCACAUUAUUCGAUCCCAAGCUUCCCUUACACCUCCUCAAAGGCAGCGAAGGAGGUCACGAUAUCCUCAUGUUCCUCGAAUGUGCAGAGCGGCGAACAGGAGUUGUACCUAGAUUGAUUUCACCCCAAGACCUUCGACUGGUGUCGGACCCAGACUCCAAAACGGGGUACAAGAUCUGCUGUGUGAUUGAUAUUGAACAAGCAUUAUCAGCAAACACAAAGCAUCCGAAAUCGUCAACCUUCACCGAUCAUGCAACAGGAGAAGCUCUGGAAGAAAUCCACCAAGUAGGACUCGAACUCCAUCAGCACGAACUUCAAGCGCUCUCGCCAAAGAUGCUUCAACAUCUGUCCUCGCGCUGUUUCAACGAUCUCAGAUCCGUUUUCCUGGUGCACGACAAGAGAUUGCUUGGAAUAGUUCACCAAGAACUAGACUCGCUGGUUCACAAGCAUCACGUCCUUACUGAGCGUCAAGCCGAGGUCCUCCGCCAUGGUAUUGUACAUACAAUCCUCCCGGGAUCAUCAGAACUCAAGGCCUUUGGCCGGCAAUGUCGGGAGUCACCGUCAUUCAAAGACAAUUAUAUCCUCAAGCCUGUCCGAGGCGGCAAGGGCGAGGGGAUUCUUUUUGGGGAUGAACUAUCUACUGGGGAAUGGAACGAAAAGCUCAAAGCACUUGAAAGCGCAGCAUUGAUGCCGAGUGGAACGACCUAUGUGGUACAGCGUCAGGUCCAGCAACCACUAUAUCAAGUCCUUUUGAGGGAAGAGGAAGGCGUACAGCGCAACCGUCUGGUGGGGACGUACAUGUCUAUACACGGAAAAUAUCUGGGGGUAGGAUGUUGGCGCAGUGGGCCGGGCAGAGUAUGUGCUAUCAGUCAUGGGGGCGCGUGGAUGGUUUCUGUUGUAUGA